AUGGACAGCUCGCUCGCUUUCUUCUGUCGGAACUACGGUCUACGCCUCGUUUCUGAGAAGAAUGCGCACUCGAAAGUCAAGUACGACGAAUCAGAUUUGGUGGUAGUGAGCGACAAGACGGGUGCCAAAACGGCUAAGAGUCCCGUUGGCGUCCCGGGUGACAUGAACAAAGCUUGGGUCGUAAAUCCCCAGAAGCGCUUCACCGAUCUAAAACCAAAGCGAAAGUUUGGAAUUGAAAAGGGCCGGUAUAAUAUUCCUUUUUCGUUUACCAGCCUCGCACCCGAAUUUUCAACCAACUACACUAUAGAAACACCAGGAAUGGCUGUUCCUCAACCCAGAGACAAAAAAGAGAACCAAUACCUCCAAUCAAGCUCUUGUAGUUGGAAUCGGCAUCAAUCAGGCCCUCAUUUUCAAGUUCUCAUGCGAUCUCCUAGCUUAUCAACGGAGAUCGCGCAGAUCCAUCUCCGCGCCAAUACAAUCUGGGAUGCGGAUAUCAAGGUUCUAAACCGCGAAGUCACAUCGCACAGAUCAUGGAGCACUUACAAGAUGGAGGCAGAGGAAGAACUUGCUUGGGAUCUCUAUGGUGCUGGGACUUUAUGGCAUAGCUCACAAGGCGUGCUACUGUGGCAAAUGCGCAAGAUUUCAUCAGACAGCGAUGGUGCCAAGGGUCGCAUACUGUGUCUCCUUGACCCUUACGAUAGGCUGGUAGCGUUGGUAUGGAAAACAAAGAAGCCUGGAAAUGAAGGUGGAAAAUGGUGGGAGAUGCGUGUCUACAUUGAUAUUGCUGACGAUUUCUUGGGAGAGAUCAUUGCAAGUUAUGUGGCUGUUAGGGUACAGACGGAAAGGAUUCGACAGGAGCAUGUGAAUGACUCCAGCUGA